AAUAAAAAGUUUCAACAACUAAACAGUUCUGAUUCUCGAAUUCUUAAGGUUGAAAUUCAGUUAUGAUUGGUUAAACAUACGCCACGCAAUUCUUUGUUUUAGUUUCAGAAAAACAAAGAUGUUUGGUACCUUAAAGUCCUACCCUUAUCCACAUCUUUCUUUCCUCUCUUCAAAGGCUAAAAGCUAAAACCACCACCAAAUCAUGUCCUCUUGCACCACCACCACCACCACCACCACCACCAUUGUUUUCACUUCUCAUCUCACUAACAAAAGCCACCAUUAUUAUCACCAAAACCUUCUUCCUUUUCCGUCCAAACAAACCCUAAAAAAAUCAUUCAAACCCAUUACUAAAAUCCAAGUUUCAUCCUCAUCCUCAUCCUCAACUAACAAACCAAUAUCAACAUUUGACACCAAAAAAUCCACCUCAAAUUCAUCCGAAGAAACAAUCUUUUUUGAUGGUGGGGCUCAUUAUGGUGAUUUACUUGCAAAUUUAAUUCUGGGUUUUACUCUUUUCUGGCUUCCCUUAACUUUAGCUGCUAUUUCAAGGGCAUUUUUUCUAAGAUAUAGGUUUACAAAUUUAAGGGUAACUGUAAUUUCUGGGUUUACUGGGGAAGAUAGAAGUGAUUUCUCUUAUAAAGUGAUUAAAGAUGUACAAGUUGUUCCUAGGUUUAUUGGAGAAUGGGGUGACAUUGUUAUUACUCUUCAAGAUGGUACUAAGGUUGAUUUAAGGAGUGUCCCUAAAUUUAGGGAGAUUGCUAAGUAUUGUCUUUCUAUGGCUGAGAAACCUGUUGUCCUUAAAGAAACUGGCCCUAAAGGGUUUUGAUUGUUUUCAAUUGGGUCUUUCUUACUUUUUUUGUUGAAAUCAAUAAAGAGGUAUGUAAAUUUUUUCAAUUUUCUUGCGUUUUUUUUUGGGGGGGUUUUUGUAUAAUAUUAUAUGACUAUGUGCUAGGAAUAUACUGUAAUUUGUGUUAUUUUGUUAUGAAGUAAAUGCAACUUGAAAAGCUUUUUA